AUGACAGUAUGGCAGCAGCACACUUGGACAAGUCUUCGCAGGAGAACUGGCAUCCAGUGGCUCUGUGCCUCCCUCGCCCGUGUGGGAAAGAAACGCCAACACCAGUUCCUGAGCCGGUGGAAGCGGCACACGUCGAUCUGGACUCUGGUGAAACAGCUGCGCGAGGAAUAUAUUAAGCUGAUACCGGAUGUGCAGAAGGAAAUAGAGGCCUCUGGACUUCCUGCAAGGGUCACGUUCCUGGAAGAGUUCGUGCAGACGCUGAGGACAGAGUUGGACACCUUGACGGAGACGGUGAAAGAGCAUUCGACGGCUCUGGCAAUCAAUGCCGAGUGGGUGGAAAAGACGAGGGUCAUCAUCCUUGACCUCACUCAGAGGCUAGACGAGGUGGAUGCCAAAGUUGCUGACGUGCUGGUCUCUUGUGGUAAGCGGAUGGAUGAGGCGAUUCUGGAGAGACAGGGAGAUCACCCCAAGCCAACGAGCAGCACGCUUCAGUCUCACGCCGUUUUUGCUGUUCAGGUGGAGGCCCGCCUGGCGGUCUGUGAGAAGAGUGUCGACGACCUAUCCGAGGUGGGUCGGGAUUUGCCAGGUCAAGGGAGGAGGACGAGACGGGGCUGUGUCCGGCGUCAGGCACAGAAAGCUCUUGCGCUUGCCAAGGAUGUUCAGUCCAUCAUGCGCGAUGUCCUGCUCAUCUGGAACUCCAUCAAGCAACUUGAUGCCGCCAAGGCCGACAAGAAGGACAUGGACUCCUUUGCGCUGGAAACAAGCAAGAGGGACAGGCAGUCCUUACGCCGCAUCGAGGAUUUGCAGUCUUCCGUCACAGUCCAACUCCGAGAGGAGACUUUGCGAAUACAAGAGAAGUAUGCGCAGCUGGACGUGAAGGUCGAUGAGUCAUCCAAGCAGUUUCUUCAUUGGGAACAGAUGUGGGAGCGACUUGCGGCCUACGUCGAGGAGUUGGUCAAGCAGGUUGGUGACAUGCAAUGGGGCAGGACUAACUGCGGGGGCUGCCGACCUCCUAGCGGGCGUUCCAGGCUCCGUCCCGCGAGUGCAACCUUUCCUCGUGAUGGCUCGGAAUCCGAGAAUGGGCUCGUCUAUGUGAACAGCGAGACCCGCAUCAGAGCCACAGAUGUUGCAGCCUCGGAAUCCUUCGCAUGCCCGAGCUUGCCCAGUUCCACGCCUCAGGUGCAUCCUGCGCCAGAGGAUGUUCAUGGACCCCACCAGGCGAGCCUCAAAGCACUGGCUCUGAAGGGCACAGCUCUUUGUCAGAAGGAGCCAAUCAUGGCGAUGGAGGUGAAUCGGAUCUUCUGUGCUGAGCAGAUCAAUGUUCCUCCUGAGCUGCCGGACAUUCUCAAGGACUUCACGAAGGCUGUCAUCCGAGAAGAUCCCUCUGCCGGUGCCAGUGCCAAGAUGAAGCUGUAUCAGUGGUCCCGAGAUUACUUCAAAAAGAAACUCGGCGAGGUGGGUGCCUUCAAUGUGCGUCAAGAGGGGCCAGAAGGUUCCAAACAAGCUGCCAACUGCCAGUAUAGGCUUAGCUUCUGGGCUCAUGUGGGCCGGACACGGGCGAAAGAUGUAGAUGACUCUACCGCGGCGAAGCUGCCUUGCUGCCAAAACGUGGCCUUCAGCUUAGAAGGUGUGUGGAGUUGGGAGAUGGCACAAAAGCCGUUUCAUGCAUUUCAAGAUCUUGUACACGAGAUUGAGCAGGAGUAUGAAGAGGAGCUGGCAAGGCUCCGACUUGAGAACACAUGGAUGCGGCAACGACUAGGCUUCGCAAAGGAUGAGCACCUGAACCAAGAGAAGGUCUUGGGGAGGAUGGCGCUUAGUGCAGCGCCAUCACCGCCAUCACCGACUUCUUCUAGACUGGCGGAUCCAGACAGCGGCUGUGGAGAACCAUUUGAGCGGCGUGUGUCUGUAGACUCGCUUGGGAACCGCAUGCCUGCCCCAAUUGUCGUCAACGGGGGUGUCGUCGAGGCGAAGGAGUUCACGUUUGAGACAAAUCCUAUGUGGCACACGACCGACGUGAAGCUGUCUGCUUGGGAAACCAGCAUAUCUGCAGAGCUCACCCAAGACUUGCAAAAGGUCGGUCUUCCCAUGGCUUCGGGGGAGCUUGGCUCAAACGUGAAGAACACGACUCACAGGCUAAUGAAGCGAUGUCAGCUCCCAAUGAGUCCUAAUGCUCCGAUUCGGCUUAGCUGGGAUGUGGCUAGCAUGAUCCUCAUCAGUUACGAUGUUUGGUGGAUCCCGUUGCAAUGCUUUGAUCCAGCCGAAGAUACUUUCACUACGCUGAUGGGCUGGGUAUCGUUGAUUUUUUGGACCCUGGACAUGGUGGCAACACUGCUAGUCGGUUAUUUCGAUGAUGGUGAACUUGUCCUCUCGCCCAAGAGGAUAGCUUGUCGGUAUUUGCGCACAUGGUUCCUGCCGGACCUGAUCGUUGUUCUGCCUGACUGGUUCACUCGAUUGGUGGACCCUGAAGGUGGUGACGGCCUUGCGACCGUCGCCAGGAUGAUCAAGGGCUUUAGGGCCAUUCGGAUAUUGCGACUUCUGCGCUUGCUGAAGUUGCAGCGCUUGAUGAAUAUGGUUUAUGACCUCAUUGACAGUGAGUACAUGUUUAUUGUCUUUACGAUGAUAAGACUGAUAGUAGCCAUCACCGUGCUUAAUCAUGUGAUUGCGUGCAUUUGGUACCUCGUUGGGUACUUGACAAUGGAAGCAGGAAUGCCCAACUGGUUGGAGGACACAGGACUGAGAAAUGUCUACACCUCCGAAUUUGCUUGGAAGUAUCUGACUUCCUUGCACUGGAGCUUGACGCAAUUUACACCAGCUUCAAUGGAUGUGAGCGCCCGUAACGAGUACGAAAGGAUAAUGUCGAUCCUGGUGCUCUUCUUCUCUUUGGUGGCCUUCUCGUCCAUUGUAGGAAGUGUGACCAACUCCAUGACUGCUCUUCGAAAUAUGAGCGGUGACAGCAAAAAGCAAUUCUGGCUACUUCGCCGAUUCCUGAACCACAAAAAAAUAGGAAAAACGACAUCAGCACGCAUCAUUCGCUUUCUGGAGCACCAGACUGCCAAUCAGCAGGGUGACGUCAAUCCCGGUUCCAUCACAAUCCUCACGCUCCUGUCAGAGCCACUGAAGAAUCUGCUGGCCUACGAGCUGAGUAAAAAGCAUGUCGAGAACCAUCCCUUCUUCUGCCACCUGGAGCAUGAGAUGAGCCCGAUCCUCGUCAAGCUUUGUGAUACAGUUCUGCGAACGAUUGACCUGGCCAGUGAAGAUGUCGUGUUUCAUCCCGGUGAAGAGGGGGAGAAAAUGUAUUUCGUGAAGAGCGGUCAUCUCGAGUACAUGCUCCCCAAUGGCGAGGUUCUGAGACCUCGUUUGCUGCAGAAGGCGUGGUUGGCAGAAGCUGUCUUGUGGACCACAUGGUGGCACCGAGGGGAGUUCAAGGCAAGCACACCCUCAGAGCUAGCGAUCAUAAAGCCCGGCCCGUUCAACGAGGUGAUGAAAAUGCAUCCUCGUCCCUGGAGCCUGUGUAGACGCUAUGCCGAAGUUUUUGUCAAGUUCUUGAACCAGACGGACCACAAGAUACUCACAGACGUCAUAUCCCAGGCCGACUAUUUUGAAAGACAGCUCAAAAGCUGUGACCGAGACUUCCAGGAUCUCGAGGUUGAAGCAUCCGCACUGCCCACCUCUGACGGUGAUGGGGGGACUCUCGGAGAUCUUCCGGUUCCCGACGAGCGAGGAGCUCUGCAGAACAGACAGGUUUCCGAGAUAUUUCCCCGAGCACUUUCCAGAGGUCAAGGUGCCUUGGCAAUGCUAGGCAAUGUCGAAUUUCAGCGCCCUGCCCUAACUGUCUCAGGUUGA